AUGGAUGCCAUCUCUGUCGCCUAUGAAUCCUCUGAUCUCCCCUCACCUUUGGGAGUCAAGGCUCACUCGACCCACGAUCCAGGAUCAGUGUCAGAUGAACUCAUGGAGGCAGGCCUAAUAAGUAAAUAUUUCUCAGAGGGCCACACGUAUGACGUAAUCCUUGAUUUUCUCAAAACAAGGCACAACAUCUUCCUGAGCCUGAGCACUUUAAAGAGAAAACUUAAAAAUGCUGGCCUAACAAGGAGAACAGACUAUAGUCCCAUUGAAACUGUGAAUGCAGUGAUAACACAUGAACUGACAGGCUCUGGACAGCUUUUAGGUUACAGAGCUCUGUGGCAGACAUUGCGACAAAAGUAUUUCCUGACAGUUAAAAGGGAUGAUGUAAUGGAUGCAGUUCGCAGACUGGAUCCAUUUGGAGUUCAACUUCGUCGUAGACGCAGGUUUAUCCAAAGAGGAUACUUUACAGCAGGACCAAACCAAGUGUGGCAUAUCGAUGGGUAUGAUAAGCUCAAACCAUUUGGUGUUGCCAUCAGUGGCUGCAUUGAUGGGUUUUCUAGGAAAGUGAUGUGGCUCAGAAGUGGCAGCUCUAAUAACGACCCAGGGAUAAUUGCUUACUAUUACAUGAAGUGUGUAUCAGAGUUUGGAGCUCCAGCAUGUCUUCGCACAGACUGUGGGACAGAAAAUGGCACUAUGGUAGCCAUUCACUGUGCAUUAAGAGCACAGCAUACAGAUGACUUUGCAGGAGUCCUCAGUCACAUGUAUGGAACAUCAACCGCAAAUCAGUGUAUCGAAAGUUGGUGGUCCUUUUUCAGAAAGCAGAGGACUCAGUUCUGGAUUGAUUUGUUCAGUGACCUGAGAGAGAGGCACCUUUUCAACGGCAGCCACGAGCAUAAGUGCCUUCUGCGUUAUGUUUUCUUGGGCAUCUUGCAGAAAGACUUGAUGAGUACAGAGAACUUUGGAAUAACCACACCAUCCGACCUGUUCGUCAGUUGUCUUGUCAUUCUGGUAAACCAGAAGCCAUGUAUCACCUGCCUCACAGGUUUGAUGCAGGGGACUGUGGAUUCCCAGUGUCACAACAAGUUAUUCAAGAGUUUGAGGACAUUCUGCCACCACAGCGCAGUCUUUGUGGUGAUGGUAAUCUCCAAGGUCAACUGCUCAAUGCACGGACUUACAGAGACAGAGUAG